AUGGAGACUAGUGCAUAUAACGGGAAAGACCCUUUUUUGAUUAAGCUUUAUGAUCAACGCAUGACUAAGAGAGGUGCUGUGCAAUCUUAUGAAGGGCAUGUGAACUCUCAUACUCGAUUACAGCUCGGAGUAGACCAAUCUGAGAGAUUUGUUAUGGCAGCUAUGAAGAGUGCGAAUCCGGGCAGAACCUUAGUUGUGGGACAUGGUUUGGAUCGCAGGAAGGACUAUUCUACAUGUGUUAGUCAUGAGUCGGAUCACUCCCGAAUAACAUAUACCAGUGAGGAGAAAAAGAGCCACCGGGGAUUCAAAUCUCCAACCGGUAGAACGAUUGCUGUAAAUGUUCAAGCUGGUGACCAGAAGUUGAAGUUACAGAAGUUGUUUGAUUCCUCUCCAGGUUGUCAACGGUUUAAUGGUCCAGAUAAGUGUUUAAAAGGAUGGAGGUUUGUGUCACGCCCCACAGGCCACUUCCCACAACGAUUGUCCAUUCUGUAA